CGAGUGUUUUUCCACAUCUUGCCUACUCCAAGUCUAAAUUCUCCUCUAGUAGUACGUACUUACUUUGGUUCAACUUCUAGGAAUUGGUAGGAAUAAAAUGGCUGUAAUUCUAAAAUGUAAGUUGGAAAGGCAAGUAGAGAUCAAGUCAGACGGGGAUGUGUUCCAUGAACUCUUUAGGUACAAACCUCACCAUAUCUCCACCAUCUCCCCUGCUAACAUCCAUGGUGUUGAUUUGCACGAAGGUGAUUGGGGAAAUGUUGGCUCUAUCAUCACUUGGAACUACACUCAUGAUGGCAAGAAGAAGAGCGCCAAGGAAAUUUUGGAAGCAGUAGACGAGGAAACCAAGACAGUGACCUUCAAGGUUAUCGAAGGAGAUCUGACGGAGCUAUACAAGGACUUUAAGGGAACUGUUCAUGUUGAUACAAAGGGUGAAAGCAAUCUGGUGACGUGGACCUUUGAAUAUGAGAAGUUGAAUGAUGAGGUGGAGGAUCCAAAUACCUUGAUGGACUUCACCAUUAAUGUCACCAAAGACAUUGAGACUCACCAUCUCAAGUAGAGAGAGCAAGGGGGGGGGGGGGGAGAGAAAGGGACUACUACUGGUGCCAUGAGAGAGAGAGAGAGAGAGAGAGAGAGAGAGAGAGAGAGAGAGAGGUUAUUAUGUGGUUUGUUGUUGCUGAUAUAUACACUACUAGUACUGGUGUAUCAGCUAGUAAUAAUGAAGGUGGUGUUAGUGUAAAAGUAAGUAAAUGAGAAAAUAAAGAAAUAAGUCCCUUCCCCUUUU